AUGCUAUGUUCGGUUGCUGUGAUCUGUAGUCCCAGAAGCUUCGAUCCCCUGCGUUAUUUCAACGACUUCCAAACCGCAAGUGAGGCUGCCUCGAACCCGGACGUGUCCAAACGUGACCACUUUGGCUUUGGUGCGUGGUGGAGGAUUUGCCAGGGAAUGCAUGUUGCAGAGCGUUCCAUCUUUCUUGGAGUUUCACGUAUGCUAUGGGACUUUGGGUUCGGCAUAGCCCGUGAUGCGCAGGGAAACGAAAUUGUCCCAGACCCAGAGAAGUUGAAGGAAAGGCAGAUGGACCUCAAUCGUUCUCCAGCUGAACACCUGAAGUUCGAGAAUCUCAAGCAUCUUUCAGGAGCAUCACAAGCCAAGAUUUGUGACCAGUUUUGGUUUUAA